CUAAUAAGCAAGAUGUCUACCAAUGAAAAUGCCAAUGCGGGUCGAUUGAACAGAUUCAAGAACAAAGGAAAGGAUACUACAGAAAUGAGAAGGCGGCGUAUUGAAGUGAAUGUAGAGCUGAGAAAAGCUAAGAAAGAUGACCAGAUGCUUAAAAGAAGAAAUGUUAGCACUUUACCAGAUGAUGCUACUUCUCCCCUUCAGGAAAACAGGAGCAAUCAGGUUUCAGCACACUGGUCAGUCGAAGAAAUAGUCAAAGGAGUUAAUAGUAAUAAUAUGGAGCUGCAGCUACAGGCUACUCAAGCUGCCAGGAAACUCCUCUCAAGAGAGAAGCAGCCUCCCAUAGACAACAUAAUUCGGGCUGGUUUGAUUCCAAAAUUUGUCUCCUUCUUGGGCAGAGCAGACUGCAGUCCCAUUCAGUUUGAAUCUGCCUGGGCACUUACCAACAUUGCUUCUGGCACCUCAGAACAAACCAAGGCAGUGGUAGAUGGAGGGGCUAUUCCAGCCUUUAUUUCACUCCUGGCCUCUCCCCAUACUCACAUCAGUGAACAGGCUGUGUGGGCGUUAGGAAAUAUUGCAGGGGAUGGUUCUGCCUAUAGAGAUCUGGUUAUUAAAUUUGGUGCAAUUGAGCCACUGCUGAGUCUAUUGGCUGUUCCUGACCUCUCUUCUCUGGCUUCUGGAUAUUUACGCAAUGUGACCUGGACCCUCUCAAACCUGUGUCGUAACAAGAAUCCUGCACCACCCAUAGAAGCUAUUGAGCAGAUUCUUCCAACCCUUGUUCGGCUCUUGCACCAUGAUGACCAUGAGGUGUUGGCAGACACGUGCUGGGCACUUUCCUAUCUAACAGAUGGUUCUAAUGACAGGAUAGAAGUUGUAGUGAAAACUGGAUUGGUGCCACAACUUGUGAAACUCCUGGGAUGUAGUGAACUGCCCAUAAUGACUCCAUCAUUAAGAGCCAUAGGAAAUAUUGUCACUGGUACUGAUGAGCAGACACAGAUUGUUAUUGACUCGGGAGCACUAUCUGUCUUUCCAAGCCUCCUUUCUCAUCAUAAAAGCAACAUCCAGAAAGAGGCAGCAUGGACAAUGUCCAACAUCACUGCUGGACGUCAGGAUCAGAUUCAGAGAGUUGUAGACCAUGGGCUUGUGCCUUAUCUCAUUGGUAUUCUGAGGAAGGGGGAUUUCAAAUCUCAAAAGGAAGCUGUGUGGGCUGUGACUAACUACACAAGUGGAGGAACCAUUGACCAGAUUGUCUAUCUCGUUCAGGCUGGGGUUGUUGAACCUCUGCUGAAUCUUCUCUCAGCUAAAGACAGCAAAACUGUUCUAGUUAUUCUGGAUGCUGUUUCCAAUAUCUUCUUGGCUGCUGAGAAGAUUAAUGAGACUGAAAAACUCUGCCUCAUGAUUGAGGAGUGUGGUGGUCUAGACAAAAUUGAAGCUCUUCAAUCACAUGAAAAUGAACAAGUGUACAAAGCCUCAUCCACCUUGAUUGAGAAAUACUUCUCAGCAGAAGAGGAAGAAGACCAAAAUGUUGUACCAGAAUCCACUGCUGCCAGCUACACUUUCCAAAUUCAGGGCAAUGCUCCAGAUACUUUUAACUUCUAG